UAUAAAUAUUGUAAAAAUAAAGGAUUUAAAUCAGUUGUUCUCAACCCAGCUCGACAUGAAGCUCUUUACAGGUAUCUGUAUGUUGGUGGCCAACCUGAUGACUGCGUUGGGAACUGAUGUACCGACGCCUUCCCCUACGAAUUUGUAUGCCGAGUGCAAUUACCAAUGCCCAGUUGUAUCUCCGGUCUGCGGAACUGACGGAAACACCUACUCUAGCUUGUGCUAUUUGGAAUGUGUCAAGAGAAAACAAUCUCAAGGAGGCCAAGUAUCUGUGAGAAUCACAGUCAGUUCCUCUGGACGCUGCCCCGAGCAACCCUGCAUAUGCCCUGCUGUAGUAGAUCCAGUUUGUGGAACCAACGGAUGGACUUAUCCUAAUAGAUGCCAGCUGGAGUGCGACAGCGCAAGGCAUCAGAGAUAUGGCUAUCCACCUAUCUAUGUGAAGAGCUUAGGCAAGUGCCCUGGAUCAGAUUGUGGAUGUGCUGAAUAUGAACAGCUGGUAUGCGGUACCGAUGGACGCACCUAUGGAAAUCCUUGCAAACUCAACUGUGAAAGCAAGACGCAACAAGAGCUUGGGAACCCGCCGAUCUUCAUCGCCAACUACGGUCGUUGCCCAAAUCUACUAUGCAAUUGUCCAUUAAUAAUUUCUCCUGUAUGUGGUACGAAUGGUCGAACCUUCAGGAAUACUUGUUUCUUAGAAUGUGCCAGCAGGCAAAGUACAAACAGUGGUGGACCACCAAUUUACGUCCAGAAAUAUGGCGUGUGUGUCAUAGAAAAAUGUGUUUGUCCACAUAUUCUAAAACCGGUUUGUGCUAGCAAUGGAAAUACGUACGACAAUGAGUGCAUAUUGCAGUGUCAAAACAAUAUUCGGUUUGCUUUAGGACAACCACCUUUAGCCAAGCUCUACGAUGGACCUUGUAAAGACUGUAUUUGUCCAAAGAACUAUGAUCCAGUGUGCGGAAGCGACGGAAAAACCUAUGGAAACUUGUGUUUACUAAACUGCGAGAACCAAAGACGCGAGCACCUUAAUUUACCACCUUUGAAUUACACCAAGGGUGCAUGUGGUUGCAUGUGUCCAUAUAUCUGGAAGCCUGUGUGUGCCAGCGACUUCAAAACGUAUCCGAGCAAGUGUGUUUUAGGUUGUGAGAAUCGGCGCCGUGUUCACGAUGGCCUCCCAGCACUGCACAUAAUCCGGAAUGGGGCAUGUGGUUGUUAUUGUAAUCCCAACUUCAAGCUCGAGAUCUGCGGCUCUGACAGACGCACUUACUUUAACAUCUGCUGGUUUAAUUGCGCCAAUUUCUAUCUUAUUCGUAACGGCUGGCCAGCUAUCACCAUUAUUAAAAAUGGCCCCUGUUAAACUUUCAUGGAAUACCAGAAUUUGUUUUGUUUUAGCAACAAAAUUUUACAAAAGCUGCUUAAAUAAAUC